UGUAAACAUUACCAUGUGAUUACUAAAUCUAUUCUAUGGUGAACGUUAAUAAUCCGUUUAUUAACGAAUUACGAAAUUGACUUUAAAUAUCCAAUAGAAUAAAAUUAAAAGUUAUGUCGCUUUUUCCGGCAUAUGCUAAUGAGGACACAGUGACUGAACAAGAACAUACCGAAAAGCAGUGGCUGCAAAAUUCAAGUUUUCGGGAAAAUCUUUCUUUACCAAAUGUGUCGGCAGUUUCCUUGAGCAAAUUUAAUGAUAGUACCACCUCAACUGAAGAUGAGCAAACUUCGGUUGAACAUAAAAGAAAGCAUAAAACGAAAAAGCAAAAAGUUAAGAAAGUUAGACAGCUAGCAGAUACUUCAAAGAAACUAAGUGAUAAUUUCGUUGUGGAUACUAAAAGGAUUAAAGAAUAUUUGACUGUUCCUACUAUAUCACGACCAUCAGCACCUAGGUACCGUGUCCUUUACAAACAAAAUUUUGCAAGGAAAACACGAAAACAAAAGUAUAAACGUUAUUACCAGAUUAUGUUUGAAAAAAAUGUAGACAAAAGCAAUUCAGAGGAAGAUACUCCUUUAACGGUAAAAAAUUUGGAUAAAUCUGAACAUAACAGUAAAGAUGAAAACUUUACGGGUUUUAAACAAGAGGAAGAAUUAACACAAAAAACAGGUUACUUCAAUCGUUAUUUGGGUGAAAAUCCAAAUGAUGUACAAGUGUGGUUAGAAUAUAUACAGUUUCAAGAUACUAUUUAUCAGUUUGAAAAAAGUUACCGUAAAGGCAGUAUCGCAAAAGCCCAAAGAGUUUUAGCAGAAAGAAAAUUGGCCAUCCUCGACAAAGCUUUAUCGUUAAAUUCAAGUUGUGAACAGUUGCUUAGGGAGAGAUUAAAAAUAGCUGUUAGUGCAUAUCCUGCUGACGAACUUCAAGUUUAUUUACAAAAUUUGGUAGAGAAAGACAAGAGUAAUAUUAUUCUGUGGCAGGGUUAUAUUGAAGCUACGCAGUGUUCAAUGUCACAUUGUAAUACUCCAGCAGUACUGAGUCUUUAUUCUAAGUGUUUAUCGACUUUACACCAGCUAAGGCGUAAUACAAGUUUAGAAAAACAUCUACUGGAAGAGAAUAUCUUGAGAAUGUUGUAUCAAUGUGGAUUGUUCUUAAAACAGGCAGGGUUGUUCGAACAACUUUGGACUUUAUUACGUUUGUACUUAGAACUAAAUUUAUCGCCCAACGACAAAAAAAAAUUUAACAUUGCCUCCGGAUUCGAUGAGAAACAUCUGGUUGAACUGGAAGAAGUCGUUUUUAAUUCUCAGCUACCGUUGCAUGAAUUGUGGCUGAGAACGGAAAAACUGAGGGAAUCAUGUCACUGGUUACCGUACUUGGAAGAUGAAGUAUGUGAGGAUCCACAGCGGAUUGUGUUCACGGAAGAUGUAGCUGAAUUGAUUCAUCCCAUUACUAUGCCUGAAAACAUAUUCAAAUUAACUGCCACAGUUUUUUCACUACUUAAGAUCCCGUUGUUGCCAUGCAGACAUACAACAAUGCAGGAAUUAGGUCUAGACUACGUUCCGUGGAGUUUAGAUUCAAUCGAACCUUUGUUGUCUGUAUUUCUGCCGUUGUAUCCUAUCGAUAUAACUAACGAAAACUUGUUAAAUGACAGCAAGUUAACUGUAGGUCCUCAGUACUUGAAGGUACUGCCAGGCCAAGAGGAAUACUUAAAAUUUAUCUUAAUUGUUAUGCAGAACAGUGCCGAUUGUUUAACCGGUGACGAUAAAUUUGCCGUUACUGUUUGGUGGUUUCGUUUUCAAAGGUUACUAAUAAUUAUGGAGAAGUUGAAGAGGUUCAAGAUUGGAGAACAAUUUAAGAAGCAAAUGAAGAAAAAUAUGAAGUCAUUAAUGAAACAAGAAGGCAACAGGCAAAAUGAGAUAUUUUAUGUGGAAUAUGCGUUAAUUGAAUAUGAAUUUGGUAACAUAGACGCUUGUGUAAAUAUUUUGAAAACUACAGUGAGCACAAAUAAGAAUGCCGUUAUUGCAACUAAGAAUUGGGAUAAUCCUCAAGUUACGCAAUGUCAUUUAUAUCGAAUUUUAGUUCAGAUGACAUUAAUACUAGACGGAGACCCAAAUGAAAAUAAAACUGUUGCUCUGAAGUACUUGUGCGAACUAGCUCAGCAAAAACGGGUAGAUGUUGUGACGAAGGAUUUACUUCAAGAAGUAGAGGUGCGGUAUAAACUUCUUACGUGGCAAAUACUGCACAAUGAUUUUUCUAAACUACCAACUUUAUUCCAUUUUUUACCAGAUUUCUUAACAGACUGGCUCAUCUGCCACGGUUGGUUCAUCUACCUAACGAAAGGUCCUAUUGAAUGUGGAGUGUUUAUAGAGAAAAGUUUGAAAUCCUUGGAAGAAAAGGACCAAAACAUCGCAUGGCAAAAAGAAGUGUUGUACGAAUUUUAUGUAGCGAUCCUUUUCAAAUAUUGUCUAAGCCAACCAGGUUGUGGAGUUUUUAAAAUCCUCGAUGACGUUUUGUAUAAAGCCAUAAAGGAAUAUCCAAACAAUUUAUUUUUGCUCUCCGUACUAGCGAAAGAGCAAAGUCUUGUGUUUUCUUUGGGACAACCGUGGUGGAAGAUACAAGACAUGCUACUCAAAUCUGGGAGAGCGUUUUCAAUCUUCUUCUCGAUUAUUAUUUCUGGCCAGCAGAUAUUUCAACUGGAAGAAAUGUGUACGGAUACAAUUACAGGUGAAAGGUACAGCAUAAAUACAAACAUUAAAAACAGAGUAUUAGCUCUCUUUAAGAAAAUAACGAAGGCAGAGAUGUGCACCAGACGGUGUGGUUUAGUGUGGAGGCUGUACCUUCAGUUUGUACAGAAAUAUUUUUCAUUAGGUAUUUGUCGUAACGUUUAUUAUUCUGCGGUUGAGGAAUGUCCUUGGCUUAAGGCUUUGUAUCUAGAUGCUGCUAUUUAUAUACCAGCUGAACUAUCUCAAAUUCAAGACUUGAUUAUUGAGAAACAAUUAAGGUUACACGUGACUCCAGAAGAGUUAGAUGUAUUGAGGAGUUAGUUUUUAUCUGUGAUAUAUAUUUAGAUAAGAAAAAAUUUGUUUAUUGCAGUGUAAAAUUAUUUUUAUCUCGGAACUAUAUGUUUGCUCAUAAUAAA